CUGACGUAGUGUUGACAACUUGACAGAUCUCUAUUCUGUUGCAAGCAGAUAACCAAACCCCAUCUAAAUAAACCCUCCCAAAAUCCAGUCUUUCAAAUAAUUGAAAUUAGGGUUCUUAUAAUUUUGUUACCCUCAAGCUCAGUCGAUUUCUUCUCUCUUGGUUCAGUUUUGUUGGGAAUCAUGGGUAAUACAUCUUCCAUGCUUACUCAAUAUGACAUCGAGGAGGUUCAAGAACACUGUAAUAACACCUUUUCGCAGCAGGAGAUAGUAUCUCUCUAUGAGAGGUUCUGUCAGCUGGAUCGCAACGGUGGUGGCUUCAUUUCCGGCGAGGAGUUUUUGUCCGUACCCGAAUUCGCCGUCAAUCCUCUAUCUCAGAGUUUGUUGAGGAUGCUGGAUGGAUUGAAUUUCAAGGAAUUUGUGGCUUUCUUGUCUGCAUUUAGUUCUCGCGCAAGCUUGCAGCAAAAAGUAGAAUUCAUCUUUAAGGUCUAUGAUUCGGAUGGCAAUGGCAAAGUCACAUUCAGUGAUAUGUUGGAUGUUUUGCGUGACUUGACGGGGCAAUUUAUAUCUGAACAACAAAGGGAGCAAGUUCUGACCCAUGUUCUUGAGGAAGCUGGAUACAAAACGGAUUCUUUGUUAGUUGUGUCUGACUUUAUGAAGAUUCUUGGGAACUCUGGCCUGAAAAUGGAAGUUGAGGUUCCGGUGGAUUGACUUGAUGGUAAUGAAUCUCAAAGUUAUGGUUUCUAAGAAGUUAACAGGCAGUCGGCUACAUUGUUUCUCCAGGUGCUUCUUUAGGAAAUGUGAUAUUGACUGUGUUGAAUUCUUUUAUCUACCGAUAAAAAAAAAACAAAAAAAAAAAACGAUAUUGAAAGUGUUGGUAAUGUAUCAGUCUUGCUUAUUUGUUUGUAAAUCAACAGCCAAAGGACUUGUGAGUAUCUUGUGCCUCCUUCAGCCAAAUGGCAUUGUUUCUCCAGCAGUUACCGUGCA